CGUACCCAGACAGCCCAGAUUUAUUGAAACGGGGAACGGGGGGGUACACUCUUCUGUCAUAGUAACACUUGAAACCUUCGAGGACAUUGAUCAAUUCUUCUCCAAUCCAACCCUCUUUUUUUCUUCCUUUUAUUGUUCCAACUUAUCCCACCCCCCUCCUCAUACCGAACCAAUUGGUAACAUAAAUUGGAUUCGUUGUGAUCGUCAUCAUGGAUACUAUGCUCCGCCAGUCUAAGGCCAUGUGCCCUUUUUUGAAGGCUGCCACUCCCGCCACCCUUCGUGCCCUUUCGACCUCGACUCGUCCCCAAGCCUCACCAUGCGGUGGUACCAUCUCCAAGCUUCAGCUGCUCGGGCAGCGUUGCCCCGUUAUGAGCAAGGCGCUCGCCAUUCAGUCGGCCAGAGUUAGCCGGGCUCCUAUGGCUCAUGCUGCGACCGUCUCCGGUAUUCGUAACUAUACCACUCAAUCCAAGUCUGGAAGAGCCAAGAUUCAUACCAGCCGUUCGCACGAAGCCAGGGCUGUGGACACUCCCGUAUUCACCCCGCGCGAGUCCGUUCAAUUCCCGCCAGCCGCUCCCAUCAAUCGCAAGUCAUCCGCUCCCGUUGAAAAACCACCUGGUCCGAACGACAAAUUCGAUUACAAUACCUUUUACCAGGGCGAACUUGACAAGAAACACAAGGACAAAUCGUACCGUUACUUCAAUAAUAUCAAUCGGUUGGCUAAGGAAUUUCCCCAGGCUCACGGAGCCAAUCGGGAGGAACGGGUAACAGUAUGGUGCUCCAAUGAUUAUUUGGGAAUGGGACGAAACCCACGGGUCUUACAAGAAAUGCACCAAACUCUUGAAGAAUACGGCGCCGGUGCGGGGGGUACGAGAAAUAUCUCCGGCCACAACAAACAUGCGGUCGAAUUGGAAGAAACCGUUGCGAAGCUGCAUGCGAAGGAAGCAGCCCUCGUUUUCAGCUCCUGCUAUGUCGCCAAUGAUGCGACACUCGCAACACUUGGAAGCAAACUACCGGAAUGUGUCAUACUAUCCGACAGCUUGAAUCACGCAUCAAUGAUCCAGGGCAUUCGUCAUUCUGGGACAAAGAAAAUCGUCUUCAAGCAUAAUGAUUUGGAAGAUCUUGAGGCCAAACUAGCCUCUCUACCCCUCCAUGUGCCGAAAAUCAUCGCAUUUGAGUCCGUCUAUAGCAUGUGCGGAUCGAUCGGACCAAUUGAAGGAAUUUGCGAUCUCGCCGAAAAAUAUGGAGCCAUCACCUUUCUCGACGAAGUUCAUGCUGUUGGCAUGUAUGGGCCGAACGGCGCCGGUGUUGCUGAGCAUUUGGAUUUCGAAGCUCACCAACAAGGCAAACCAGAAGGCACGAUUAUGGAUCGCAUAGAUAUCAUAACUGGCACUCUAGGUAAAGCGUACGGGUGCGUAGGUGGAUAUAUCGCAGGAAGCGCGAAACUUGUGGAUAUGAUUAGAUCUCUGGCACCUGGUUUUAUCUUCACUACUUCACUCCCACCAGCAACUAUGGCUGGUGCCAGGGCUGCUAUUGAAUAUCAGAUGGAAUACAAUGGCGACAGACGACUACAGCAACUUCACACACGUGCCGUCAAGGAGGCACUAGACGCUAGAGACAUUCCAGUCAUCCCUAACCCAUCACACAUCGUUCCGAUCUUGGUCGGAAACGCCGAACUUGCAAAGCAAGCUUCGGAUAUGCUAUUAAACGAUUACCAGAUUUAUGUGCAGUCUAUCAACUACCCAACUGUACCGGUCGGUCAGGAACGCCUCAGAAUUACUCCGACCCCGGGUCACACGAAGGAGUUCCGCGACCAGCUUGUUGCCGCCAUUGACGAAAUCUGGAAUAAGCUUGGUAUUAAACGAACCUCCGAGUGGGCGGCUGAGGGUGGCUUCAUCGGUGUGGGUGAAGCCAGAGCAGACGCUCAGGACCCUCUUUGGACAGACGGGCAGCUCGAAAUUGAUCAGCAAGUCGCCAAGGAAAUCAAGGAAUCCAAGCCGGCUAAUGGCUUCAUGGAAACUCUUCUUGAACGUGAGAACGCGGCUAAGACCGUGAGCAAGUUCGCUUAAUUGCAACCCUAAUCCUAAUCCCAACAGGAUUAAACAUAUAUCCGCAAAGGGGGGCUCACCGGACCUUAUCCACGUUCUUUCGAGCGUAGCGGAAGGAUUUAACAAGCGUGCGAUCUUGAAAUUCUGAUCUCUUUCGUAUAUCAAACCCAUACUUAGAAGUGCAGACUGCGUCUCACUCAAGUAUCGAGGUACAUUAUUUAACACAGCCUAUGGG